AUGUUCACUCGGUCAGUGUCCUCAGCCCCGAAACUUCCUCGUCUUCCAGUACCGGACUUGCGAAAAACACUCAACAAAUACCUGACAUCUCUUGAACCAUUUCUUCUUGAGGAUGAGCUCCGAGGGGCCAUGUCAUUUAAUUCUGCGUAUGCUCUUCGCAAGAAGUGGGCGGACGAGUUCGAAUUGGGGAUUGGCGCGGUUCUUCAGGAACGUUUGGUCGCGCUUGAUAGGUUCUCACCAAACAACUGGCUCAAUGACAAUUUUUGGAUGGACAAGGCUUAUUUGGAGUGGAGAGCGCCUCUGCUCGUCAACUCCAACUGGUGGUUGGCAUUUCACGAGGACAACAUGAUACCACAGAGCGCUCUCAAGGGGGAGACCAACAAUAACAGGGCGGGGACGACGUUCUGGCAGGUCCGAAGAGCCGCUUGGCUUAUACAUCGCAUGCUCGACUUCAAGGAAAAACUCGAUGCCCAAGAGUUGCACCCAGAAACAACUCGGACAGGUUCGUUUUCUCUCUAUAUCACUUCCAAGUUAUUCAAUAUCGCACGGAGGCCCAAACGUCUAGGUGAUACCCUCUCUACACCCCCUGGGUCUCCAACCCUUCAAGCUCGUUCUCUUCUCCUCAUGGUCCACGAUUGGUGCUACAGAGUUACCGUCUACCAUCCACCAACGUCGUCGUCGUCUCCUGUUCUAAUGUCCCCGAAAGAAAUAGAAGCACGAAUACGUGCUGUGAUGCUCGACGUCGAAGAGCGACUAGCGCAGGGGGAAAGGGCUUUUCCAAUAGGUGUAUUGAGCGCCGAUAAUCGGGAUUGUUGGGCUGAUAACCUCGAGUACCUUCUUAACAAAUCUCCAACGAAUGAGAGGUCGUACGAUGCAAUGGUUCACUCCGUCAUGGGCCUCAGCCUUGAUCACACGACCUACACAUUCAAACCAUCUUCACCAGACAGCUCUUCCUUACCGACACAUGCAACACAUACUCGAACAGCAGCCCAAAGCCAACUCGAUGCCCACCUCCACACAAUCCGGUCAACCCACCUCAACGUAUCCAACCGCUUUUUCGACAAGGCUCUCACGCUCAUCGUCGACCCGUCCACUCGCGCUGGCGCAACAGGAGAGCACUCCCCAUGUGACGCACUUGUACCCAGCAUUGUUGCCGAGUACGGUAUCGUCGACGGCGUGGACUCGGAUGCGUUCCAGGGGCCCCCAGUUGCCAUUGAAACCGGGGAUGAGGCACCAUGGGAGCGGCUCGACUGGGUGGCGGACGAGCACAUGUGGGAGCAGGCGAGAGCAUCUGAGCAACGUGCGCAGAAGAUACUGGAUGAGUCGGAUGACAGUGUACUUUGGUUCGAAGGGUACGGAACGGACUGGAUCAAGGACAUUGCCAAACUAUCUCCAGACGCGUACAUCCAAAUGGCCCUCCAACUUGCAUGGUACAAAACCCGGGGAGAGUUCACAGCGACAUACGAGACGGUUCUGACCCGGAUGUUCAAACACGGACGAACAGAGACACUGCGAACGUUCACGCGCGAGAGCAGAGACUGGGUCUUGAGCAUGCUUGAUCCUCGAGCAUCGAGAACGCAGCGCUACAAGUGUCUUCAAGUUGCUAUAACAACACACGCCAGGCUCACUCGGGAAGCAGCGACUGGCCGCGGGAUCGACCGACACCUUCUUGGUCUGCGGCUUCUCAUGCGACCAAUCAAUGGUGAACACUCGCCGUUCUUCGAGGAUGAACUCUUCGAGCGCAGCGCGCGAUGGAAGCUAAGCACGAGCGGAUUGAGUGCUGGACAUCUAUUCAAAGGUACCGGGUUUGGGGCUGUUUAUGACGAUGGGUAUGGCAUCAACUAUUUGGCGGCCCCUGCUAUGAUCAAGUUCGGGAUUGAGUCCAAGUUUUCAAGUGAAGCGACGUCAACACAGAGGUUCAAGGAAGUUGUUGUGGAGGUGCUUAACAAGAUGCACUCAGUGUGUCUUGAGGAAAAUGUGGCUGACAUUACUACAAGUCAUCUAUAGAUGUUUCUAUAUUUUCGUCACAACUAGAUUAAUCAUAGACUUCAAGACUUCUUGCACAAAUCUUAGGUUAUUAAAAAAAAAAAUGGCUCUGUUGUAAUGC